AUCUGCUUAAUUCCUCAGGCUACACAUCGGAUCAUUCCCAAAUCUACAACAUUUUCUUUUAGACCUACAAUGGCGAAAAAUAUGGUUCAGUCUCCUCUCGAAAGGAACACCAUGAUUUCACUUGAACAGAAGCUAGCUACAGCAAAGCAUUGUUCUCAUGAAGGUGUUGUUGCUGGAGCAAAGGCUGCUGUGGUUGCCACAAUUGCGACUGCCAUUCCAACUUUGGCUAGUGCUAGGAUGCUGCCUUGGGCUAGAGCUAACCUUAACCACACUGCUCAAGCUCUUAUCAUCUCCACAGUUGCCGGGGCAGCAUAUUUUAUAGUUGCAGACAAGACUGUUCUAGCAUCAGCAAGACGAAACUCCUUCAACCAAAGUUCAUUGUCUAACUUAGACGCCUGAAAUGGAGAAAUCAUAUUGUGGUUUUCUUCACUACCUAAACCUAAGACGCUACUAAUUAACAAGCUAUGUAAUGUAAAAUUCAAAAUCCGCUGCUAUGUGUAAACAUUAAUAAAAUUGGAUUGAAUGUUUACCAGAUA